AUGUCUUCUGAAGGCUUUCUGAAGGAAAUUCAAACCAUUGGUAAGAAGCUUCUCCUUAAGCUCCAGAAACUGCCCAAGGCUGAGCCAGUGGAGAUUGUGUGCUUUUGUGUGGUCCUUCUGUUUAUUGCUACUGUUCUGGUACUCAUGAUCAUUGCCUGCAGUUGCUGCUGCUGCAGCUGCUGUGGCUGUGAUGGACGUCCUAACCACAGACGUAGGAAGGCCCAAGUGCUCCCAAGGACUUCAUGA